AAUCCCUCUGAAUGUAUAGAAAUAAUUCUGAGUGUUAACUUCAGACUCAUUGUGUUUUUCCAUCAUUCAGAGAAACAUGGAAAAAGCAUUGCUGUGCACAGUAGUAUUACUAUUAUUAUUAAAGGAAAUAUUGUCAGGUGCAACAAAUGAGGGAUAUUACGGUUUUCUCCCCGAUACUAUAUCCAUGGAAGACUACGGAGCCAGUUGUUCCGUGAGUUACACCAACAAAGAUAAAGUUUAUGUGCCAUCCAUGUGGUUUGUCGACGGAGUUCCCGUUCUUUACAAUGAUCCUAACUGGUUUGUGGAAGAGUCGAGUUUUUCUCCAUUUUCAUCAACCUUGCAAUCCCGGAUCAAAAACGUUAAUGCAGCAAAGAAAGCCAUCCAUGUUAACUUCUACAGCAAGUCAUGCAAAACAACUAUUGAUUUUGGGAAAAAUAGGGAUGACAGUCGAAUAAGUUACAAAGUGUCUUCAAAAGCAGACUUUCUUUAUCUUAACUCCUAUCCAAGAAAUGGUGCAGUGGGAUUCAAAAUGCCUGCAGAUAUAACUAUAAAAAAAGAUUCACGAAACCUGAUACUACAGAAAAAACUUCAAUGGGAAAUAAUAGUUUCCUCGGGGCGUAGUAUUCAAUCAUACAAGCAAACCCUUCCGAUCAAAGACGGCAAACCCAUCAGGUGGAAAUAUUUUGGCCCUACUGUUUUAUCGACCUUUGGAAGACUCAUUUUUUCUGUAACUACAAAAGCUCAAUGGACUCGCCCAUCUGUCACAAUAACGUAUAUUCGAGAUGUCAAACUAGCCACAUCAAACGCAUAUUCUUAUAAAACCAUUCCAUCCAGCUACAUUUCCGACGAGAUUUUCUGCAAAAACAUCAACGACAACACGCGGCUGUGCCAGUGUUACAUUCUGGAGGAUGAUGAUAAUUCACCGAAUAACAGCUUUAUGUACCUGAAGUCCAAUUCCUCCAACACUCGAACAGACCUGCGAUAUUCACCCUAUGGAUACGCAAGUUACGGUUACCAGACCGAAUUAUACUCCAUCCUGAGGGACCCAACUUUAAAGGAAGGGGAAACCUACUGUAUGAAAAAUGCGGGCGGCCCUCCUGGCUACCAAAUUGCGAUAAAAACAGAUUAACUUACUACAGUACUAAAAUGUGUUGAAAAGGACAUGAUACAAAUGACAAAUAAAGUCUAUAUUAUUAUGACAAGGGCUAAAUCUUGAUGUAACUUGUGAAAAUGUGGUCAAGAUUCAGGUGAAAAAACGGUCCUCUAUUGAAAUCUGAAGGGUCCAUGAUUUGAACAUUGGUUAACUGUACUUUAUAUUGUAACAUUAAAUUUUGAUCCUACUUGUAA